AGAGAGAGAGAGAGAGAGAGAGAGAGAGAGAGAGAGAGAGAGAGAGAGAACUCCAUACGGGUUAUAUGAUAACUUUCAAAACAUUUAUGUCAUAUGUAUCUGUAACUUCUAUGUGGAAUGUAUAACCAGAAACAAAAUACCUGAUGUAUAUUUGAACAAAUAUUUGGACAAAAUACUUAAUAUUGGUGAUAUUGGGCUGAAUAUUCGAAUAUAUCUGUUGGUUGCGCGUUCCAUAAGGCUAUACAAACCCAUACGUUUUUUCUAAAACUGAAUAUGCGAAGGAGAAGCUCUGAGAUAAGACAGAGUACGAGCAAUAGUGUCUCCAAGAAUACAUCGCUGGUAUCAACUAGCGACGGGCUAAGUAUACUCAGAUAGUCUGAAUAUAUGUUUCAAUUGGUCAAAAUAUACAUAUAUAUACUAAAACACACAAUCUGAUAAUUCCGAUUAAAAAUCCGAUUUAGAUCCGAUUCAUUUAAAUUGAAUUCCGAUCCAAGCAAAUUCACAAUGGCGACUCCCAAUACUCCUAAGCUGAAAUUUAAUGAAUUCCUAGACCAAAGAAUGGAAUACAGAUCGGGGGGAAAGGAACAAUGGAAGCACAUAAAGAAAGUUUGGGAGGGAAUAAAGUUAAGAUGGACUCAAGCAGGCUAUCUAGGACAGGGGCUGCCAGCCGGGACCCAGCUGAAAACAAUGGAAUGUGAAUUGAGAGAGACGUUGCAGGAGACAAGAGACAUGGAGGUAGAAAGAAACAAGGGCCAUGUAUUCAAAAACCAAGGUACCAAACAGAGAGAAAGAGCAGAAGCGGAACUAAAGAUAGGAACUUGGGCCAUCGAAGAAGCGCGGAGAGCAAUACUGAACAAAAAUCCUGAAAUGAUGGGGGUGGCCACUCCCUCACAAGGGGCAGAUGUGCAGACGAGCCACCACCAGGAGAUGGCGCCAAAUCCAUUUCCCUCUGCCCUGGCCACUCCCUCACAAGGGGCAGAUGUGCAGACAAGCCACCACCAGGAUAUGGCGCCAAAUCCAUUUCCCUCUGCCCCGCCAACACCUGUGCCCUCAACAACCAAACCCCUUUACCCGGUCCUGUCAAAUUUGGCUCCACCUUAUACUGAAGAAAGGAAAAGGGCCGGGCCCGCGUCAACACAGGCCCCUGUGUUCCUGGUAAAAGAAGGAGUACUCCGAGGGGAUACGUUGAUCAAAGGGGGCCACCUGGAGUGUGAAGAAUUAAAACCUGGCCCACAGGGUUACUCCACAACAGGGGGUGCACAAAGGUGCACACCAGGGCCAUCUGACAUGCAUGCCCCUCGAUCUAUGCGAGAACAGCUCCACCCCAGUGGCCACACGAGGAAUCCAUCCACAGAUGGAGCAUGGGGCAACGGGAGCAGCUUGAAGUCAGAGGGGAGGGGAACCCCCACCUCCUGCACAUCCAGUGUGUACGGAGAACAUAGAGGGGAACCAAGGAGCGAUAUUCGUAAGGAGUAUUUCACAAGUGGCCGCCGACAAGAAGAAAAUUUAAUGACUUUCAGUGAAACCGGACAGACCACCUGUUCCAGAUACGUGGCAGCAGUAGCUAAGGCUAUUGAGAAGACAGCACACCUGGUAAUGUGCCACAAGAUGCAAAUACACACCCACCAUGGGGUGGCAGCAUACCUCAUCAGCAAAGAAUUUACCUUCAGUGCGGACAGAAAAAAACAAAUCCAGAACAAAUGCACUCAGUCGCACAUCACUUUCGUGAACAACGACAAUAACAUGGCAGAUGCACUCACCGCAGAAGAUGGCCUAGCACACUCCUGCCAAGAGAGGGCAGCACAAGAGCUCAAACUGAGACCAGACCUGGAAAAUGAACCACUGACAUCUCCAGACCUAUGGCUGUACACAGACGGAUGUUGCUACAAGGGAGACACAGGAAACAUAGCUGCCUAUGCGGUCAUACAGCAGCUGCAUGACAAAACACAUGUCACGUUGGAAUCAGGAAUUAUCCCCCAGCCAGCAUCGGCACAACUUGCGGAAAUUGUGGCUUUGACUCAAGCUCUAGAGAAAGCCAAAUGAAAAACUGCAAACAUUUACAUGGACUCGGCAUACGCACACGGAGCCGUGCACAUAGAUGGACCACAAUGGGUUAGGCGCAACUUUACCACCACAGGUAACCUACCCAUCAAGCAACGAGCCCAAAUCGAACGUCUGAUACAUGCCGUGUCCUUACCAAAGACAGUGGCCAUAAUGAAAUGCCGAGGCCACCAAAGACUGUCCAGCAGAAUCAAUCAAGGAAAUGAUGCCGCAGACCUGGCAGCCAAGGCCGCAGGAGGAUACAGCCCCCGACAGAUGGUGCUCGGGAUAGAACCGGCAAGGACUGAACUGACAAGCCAACACAUACUAGAACUACAGGAAGAGUGAUGCCAGGUCCACCAAGAGAGGGAGGUCAUAUGCCCCCUCUUGAUGUACACCAGAUAGGUAUGACUGACUAUGUAAGAAAAUUGACGGAACUGUCUGCAGCUCUCUCCAAACAGAUACACAGAGUCCAUGAGGGGGAGCUGACGGGAGAUCCAGAGCAUCCAAGGGUAAAGGUCGGCGAUUGGGUAAGGAUCAAGGUCCACAAAAGAAAGUGGGCGGAUCCCAGGUGGACUGGACCGUACGAAGUGAAGGAGGUUACUUCACACUCAGUCCAGGUCAAAGGUAAAUCGGGCGCACCUUGGCACCACUUGACUCACUGUACACCAGCACCGACUCCUUCCAGAACUUUGACUGAAGUCAGGGUCGAUUUGAGCGACCUAAAUUUGAUUCCAAACACAGAACUUUUAGUUGGUGAGGAUGUGGGAACAACUCCCCAGCACACCAACUAACCGGUCUUCCAGAGAUAGGGGCUAUCCCUGGACGAGAUUGGGGAUAUCGGGCCCCGUGUUUGUUAUUUUUAUAGUAGUCACAGGAGUUUCCAUGGGGAUUCUCCUGUGGGUAUUAGAGCAUCAUACACCUACAUUACAAGCAGAUAUAGGACCCUCUAAUGGGUCAUCCAACCUGACCACAUCCAUGGCACAUAUAGAACUGGCCAAUCAUUUGCACAAGAGGCAUUCCCCCACCCCUGACUCUGAUUGCAAGGCGACCGACAUAAGGAGUACGACCGUUUGCGUUCCCAUAAACACAACCAAUAUCAUUAACAUCCCUUGGGGGACCCUAGGGUACUCGAGACAAAAGGGGAGGGAGCAGUUGGGGUCCAGUGCACUCUGGUCUGCUGGACACGUAUGGUAUAUGACGCUAGGAAAAAUUGACAAUUGGUCUUGGAAGAAUUUGGUGGGGGAAACAGGCAGUGGGUGGGAAGACUGGACGACAGAUGGGGAGGCAUUGCAAUGGCGGAAGCGACUGACCCUAACUAAGACAAAUACGGGACGGGAACUUAUCAUUAGACCAGGGAGCGAGCCUCUAGGGUGUUAUAAUUUUAUUCUGGCCCCAUGGAAUUCUGGAAUCAAAUAUUGGUCGUGGCAAAUUUGUUUGACCAAUAAUCCUAAACCUACCUCUAUUACAGUAAAGGAUGACCUGAACACUCCCGUAAAAGGAUCCCCUUCUUCCCCACUGUUUGCCCAAGUAGAGGCAACGUCCAGGCUUAAAAGUCCGGACGACAUAAUUCUAACAACUACAGGCGUCUCAGGUUUUUCUAAUAAUUGGCUAUUGUUGACUGAGGAAGAUGAAAAUACCACCAGACAGAGUUGCGUGGUGUGCAUGGGCGCUCGUCCACUGCUUCGAAUUGUCCCAGCAAUAGUGUCUAGAGCAUGCCUAAUUCCGCUUAUGACUGCCGAUAACCCCAGGGAUAACUGCACUGCCUGGGAUGACGUAUAUCCGGUCACCAAAUUCACCACUAGAAAACCAGUGUUUUCCAACCAGGUAGCAAUGGCAAAUUUUACUUGUGUCAAUAUGACAGGAGGAGGAACCGAGGUGGGAUGGAUUCCUGGGGAUUGGUGUCUGAAAACAGUUAAUGUUAAUGGAAGUUUCAGGCCAAUAUCCAGAGCGGAUGUGUGGUGGUGGUGUGGUAGUACGGUCCUGUUUGAUAAGUUACCCUCCAAUAAUACUGGACACUGUGCACUGGUUACUCUCUUGUUGCCUGUUGCUAUCUACCCAAUAGGAGCGGAGGACCUAGUUCACCGGAUCUAAUUCUGGGAUAGAUACCUCGAUGUGGGACUCCUGGAUGAGUGCGUUUGCUGAACAUUGUGUGACUGAGAACAGGCAUGGAGGGAUUCUAUGAUGACGGACAGACAACUGAGCCAAUGACGGAAGACUACACCCCAGCCUGAGCCUGAACCAAUCCGAAGAACCGAACUUCUAGAAUCAACCUACUUUCUGUUCUGUAUUAAUUGCUUGUGCAAACGAUUAGCGGGGCUUUUUUUGUUGGUUCCUCAUGAGCUAAUAGAAGGGCCCGUAUAUACGCUGUACCAGAUAUCUUUACUCUGAAUAAACUGUCACUUGUCAUACAAUCUA